AUGGAUGGCGAUGGGCCGCCUGUCUUCCAGAAACACCACCUCACACUCGCCCCCCCUUUUUUCCAUAUCAUAUCUAAUCACAUCUCUCCGACGCAUAAACAUUUGCACGCGACUGACCAAGAAAUAAUUCCGUCCAUUUACUUUUUGAUGAGUGGUGGGAUUCUGGCUAAUACUACCCCAAUUCAUCAAACACCUACCCCCAAAAAACCCUCCUCCAACAACGUGCCUGCACUCCAAACCAAGCACUUUCUAUGCAUAUUGCGUGGCUUGAACAGUCGGCCACGCAACGAUAAACGCGACCCUUCCAAACCGAUCAAAAACCCCCCUUCUGACCCAAAUCUUACAUACCCUUUCUAUCCGCCCAUGUCUGCAACCAACACAUGCGUUAUGGGCACCUCGCCUUUUCCCCUUCGGGGUUGCAUGCGUGAUGCACGCGACUGGGGGAGAUCUUGGCCGACACCUCGAAUCUGGAUGACUUCCUGCCUGAAUGGGCUCUUGCAUUGUUUCUUAUCAAAGGCUGUUGAUCUUCCGUGGUCGGUGGCUGGCAUGCUUCCGAAUAUGUAUCCUUGCCAGAUUCGACCACAUCCUGUCGUAGCACAGAAGUCGGAGAAAACUCUGCCCUCUCAGGGAUUUCCUUCUAUGUCGAAAAAAAAUGAGAUCGUGGCUUUCCCACAAAAUAACACAUCUUUCAGCACGGAUUCAAGCCGAAGACAGCGCUCCUGCAUAAUUCACACCGGAAUUUUACAUCCUGUUGAAUGGCCACUCUAUUUCCAACGAGAAAUAAAAUCCACCCCAUUUUCUUUCCCCUUCGAGAAUAUCUAG